CUGGCGGUCUCUGUACCAUUGGUUGCGCAGUGUAUUGAGGGUAUGUGGAAAGUAGGAAUGUCGGAAGAGGUUGGAAAAGCGUUACACGCGGUGGUAGACAGGGUAAAUCAAGCGGCGGCACGUCGCCCCAAGACGUUGCCUGCGGUGCCGCCCCGCCUGGUAGCUGUAAGUAAGACGAAACCACCAGACAUGGUGAUCGAGGCGUACCGAAAAGGGCAUCGCAACUUUGGUGAAAACUAUGUGAAUGAACUUGUGGAUAAAGCAUCAAAUCCUCAGAUUUUAGAAUCAUGCCCAGAAAUUGAGUGGCAUUUUAUUGGCCAUUUACAGAAGAAUAAUGUCAACAAACUUUUGGGUGUACCAAACCUGUUCAUGGUGGAGACGGUGGACUCAGCCAAGUUGGCCGACAAGGUGAACAGCUCCUGGCAGCGGUUAAGAGCAGCUAGCACGCACAAGUUAAAGAUCAUGGUUCAGAUCAACACCAGUGGGGAGGAAAGUAAACAUGGACUGCCUCCUGGCGACACGGUGAACACAGUGAAACACAUUUUAUCCAAAUGCUCUGCCCUACACUUCUCCGGACUCAUGACCAUUGGUCGCUAUGGCUACGACCUAGCUGAUGGCCCUAACCCAGAUUUUCAGGCUUUGCUGAGUCGGCGACAGGAAGUGUGUACCAGUCUACAGCUCCCGCUUGAGGAUGUUGAGCUUAGUAUGGGCAUGUCCACUGACUUUGAACACGCGAUUGAGGUGGGUUCCACUAAUGUGCGAGUUGGUAGUACUAUUUUUGGUAAUAGGGAUUAUCCCAACACUCCCACUCCCAGUCCAGAGAAAAGGUCAAAGGUUCCGACAGAAGAGGCAGCUAAGAAGAUGGAGCGUCUCACUGUGACAGAACAGUGAUGUUUCUCCUUCCUACACUCACACAGGCUGAAAAGGAUUUAGUAUUUUAUGAGAAUUUCUGGAAGAAAAUGUAUUUGGUUGAUCUAGUUUAAUUCAUUUCUACGGAGCCCAUUCAUUUGAGCAUUUGUGGAAGGAAUUCGAUCUUCAAAUUGACAUUAUAAACAGAUUUCUAAACUACUUCUCACGUCUCGAUCUUGUGCCAACCCUAGAUUCAAUAGAUACCAUUUAACACGAUAACGUAAAUAGAGAUAAUUCAGAGAGUGAAGCAGAGAUGGAGUUUAUAUCAAAUCUAGCAAAUGUUUUGAUAAUUUUAUUUUUACUCCACAUUUACAACCCAAAACGUGACAACCUGAACUCUUGACCGUGUUGAAUAUCCCAGUGAUUGGGAAUCUUACAUGUUAAAAUUUCCUAUUUUUCUGGCAAAAUACUUGUGAUUUAAUAAACAUAUCCCCCUUUAUGAUG